CGGCCUUCCUGGGUCCGUGGAGGGCGUGGCGCUCUGCCUGGGACUCGGUCUCGGCGGCGGGAGUCAUGGCCACUCGUCGAGCUCUGCACUUCGUAUUCAAAGUGGGGAACCGCUUCCAGACGGUGCAUUUCUUUCGAGAUGUCCUGGGGAUGCAGGUUCUACGCCAUGAGGAAUUUGAAGAAGGCUGCAAAGCUGCAUGCAAUGGGCCUUAUGAUGGGAAAUGGAGUAAAACAAUGGUGGGAUUCGGGCCCGAGGAUGAUCAUUUUGUUGCAGAACUGACAUACAAUUAUGGCAUUGGAGACUACAAGCUUGGCAAUGACUUCAUGGGAAUCACACUUGCUUCCAGCCAGGCUGUCAGCAACGCCAGGAAGCUGGAGUGGCCACUCAGUCAAGUUGCAGAAGGAGUUUUUGAAACUGAGGCCCCAGGAGGAUAUAAGUUCUAUUUACAGGAUCGAAGUCUACCCCAGUCAGAUCCUGUAUUAAAAGUAACUCUAGCAGUGACUGAUUUCCAGAAGUCCUUGAACUAUUGGUCUAAUCUCCUGGGGAUGAAAAUUUAUGAGCAUGACGAGGAGAAGCAGAGGGUUUUGCUGGGCUACGCUGAUGACCAGUGUAAGCUGGAGCUACAGGGCAUCAAGGGUGCAGUUGAUCAUGCAGCAGCCUUUGGAAGAAUUGCCUUUUCUUGUCCUCAGAAAGAGUUGCCAGACUUAGAAGAGUUGAUGAAAAGGGAGAACCAGUCGAUCCUGACUCCACUGGUGAGUCUGGAUACCCCAGGCAAGGCAACAGUGCAGGUAGUCAUCCUGGCUGACCCUGAUGGACAUGAAAUUUGCUUUGUUGGGGAUGAAGCUUUUCGAGAACUUUCUAAGAGGGAUCCAAAAGGAAGCAAGUUAUUGGAUGAUGCAAUGGCAGCAGACAAAAGUGAUGAGUGGUUUGCCACGAGAAAUAAACCGAAGGCUUCGGGUUAAUGGAAGCCAUGGGGGAGCAGCACUUACACCUGCAGUCUAUCAUCUGAGGCCCAGCACGUCUGUUCACAAUAAAUACCCACCACUUAGUGGUGUCCAGCAUAGACAAGGAGGCUCGUGUUGGGGUUCCACUCUUCAAAGCUCUGUUACGUUUUAAAAAUGAAAUAUUUUUAUCACUCUUGGUAGAGGUGAACUCCUGUGUGUAAUUGUAUUAAAUUGGUAACUAAUUGUUAUCCAGACUGAGACAGCUCUAUAUGGAACAUUACCGUUGGCUGGGGAUGGAGGAAAAUUUCAUUAACUGUGAAUCAUGUUGUUAAUAUUGGAACAAAUGUUCAAAUCAAGCCAAACCAGCUGGGCAUGGUGGCACAUGCCAGCACUCGGGAGGCAGAGACAAGAGGAUCUCUGUGAGUUCAAGGCUAGUCAGGACUACAGAGAGAAACCCUGUCUCAAACAAAACAAGUCAAAAAAAGCCAAACCAACUGCUUAGAGUGAUGAUGUUUCCAGGUCCUGAUGGACCUUACCAUCGAAGGUCUUGACAUUUAAAGAAACUUUUUCCUUUGGCUUUCCAAGAUCAUCUCCCCUGAUAGCACAGGGUGGUAGCCCCCUGAUAGCACAGGUUAGCCUGUCUCUUCACUGUGGAACUCAAGGUAGCUUUUUUUUCCCCUUGAGACAGAGUCUCACUUUGUAGUCCUGGCAGGCCUGGAACAAUCUAGUGUCAACUAGAUUGGCCUCAGAGACCCACAUGCCUCUGCCUCCUGCUGGGAUCAAAGGCACAGGCCACCCUACCCAGUGGCUUUGAACUUUUGAUCUUCCUGCCUCAGCCUUCAGUGCUGGGAUUAUAGAUGUGUGCCACUCUUCCAGACUUGAUGGGUUUUUUGUUUGUUUGCUUUUUAAUAAAUUCUAUCCUGGGGCUGUAGCGAUGGCUCAGUGAUUAAGAGCACUGGUUGCAAGCUGGAGAGAUGGCUCAGAGAUUAAGAGCACCGUCUGCUUUUCCAGAGGUCCUGAGUUCAAUUCCCAGCAACCACACGGUGGCUCACAACCAUCUGUAACGAGAUCUGGUGCCCUCUUCUGGCAUAUGGCAAACUUGAAGAAAGAACAGUUUACAUAAUAAAUAAAAUAAAUCUUUAAAAAAAAAAAAAGAGCACCGGUUGCUCUUUUAGAGGACCUGAGUUUGUUCCCCAGCACCCACAUGACUGCUCUGUAAUUCUAGUCCCAGGGGAUCCAGCAUCCUCUUAGUGCCUCUGAAGGCACUGCAUAUACACAGAACACAUACAUACAUGCAGGCAAAACACCCAUGUACAAAAAGAUUAAGAAAAAUUAUCCUUUGGAUAAAAAAUAUCUGGGUAAUUUCUCACGAUUCUAUAUUUUGAAUAACUAGAGAAAACAGGAAGUGUUUAAUGAACAAAAUAUUCAAUGAGUCACAUUUCUGUGGGCCUGGUUCUGUACUAUUUUCUUUAUAAAUGGUUUUAGUCAUCUUUAAAAUGGAUUAAAUUAUUUCUUCAGCCUGAAAAAUAUGUAUUUCAUAUUCUGGUGAUUUUUCUGUUUAGGUUAAUAUAGGAAGUUGGUUUCAAACAUUAAAAACAAUUUUAUUGAG